AUGAAGAUAAGCUAUUGCUUGUGGAUCUUUCUGGCGGUUGUUAGAGCCAAACAUGAAUCUUAUUCGGGAUGGAAGUCAUAUUACGUUACGCCCUCAACCAACAAUCAAUUAGAGACCUUAGGUCACUUGACGAACACUCUGGAUCUAGACUUUUUGAUUUACGCUACAAUAGACAGAGAAGGUCUUGUUUUAGUGAAACCAGAAUACCAGAUGACGUUCGAAGGAGCUGUGGAAGCUGCAGGAAUAAGCUUCAGUGUACAUGCGGAUGAUGUAAAGAGACAGCUGGAUAAAGACGACGAGCUGUUUGAAUUACGAAGAAAUCUCAAUCGUAACUCUUCACAAGCUGAAAUGCCCUAUGACGAUUAUCAAACAUUAGAUGUGAUCUAUGACUACAUAGAUAGUAUCGCAGAAAAAUAUCCAAAUCUAGUGACUUUGGUGACACCAGCUCAUUCCUUCGAAGGCCGGCCCAUCAAGUACUUAAAGAUAUCUUCUAGUUACUUCCAGAAUGAGACGAAAUCAGUGGUUUUCCUUGAAGCGACGAUGCAUCCAAGGGAAUGGCUCACACCGCCCGUCGCUACCUACUCUAUACAUAGGCUGGUUGAAAACCUAACUGAUCCAGAACUGUUGGAUAAAUUUGACUGGGUUAUAUUACCAGUUGUUAACCCAGAUGGAUACGUAUAUACGUUUGAGCGUGAACGUUUUUGGCGAAAAACCCGUUCAACGGACCAGCACCCUUCAAGUGAUGUAUGCCCAGGUGUAGAUAUCAAUCGGAACUUCGAUUUCGUCUGGAAUACAGUUGGAGUUAGCACCAGCCCUUGCGGAGAAACAUACGCCGGUGGCAGACCUGCUUCUGAAGCGGAGACCAGAGUUAUCCGCGAUAUCCUCCACGAGAAUCUACCAAGGAUGGUCCUGUAUUUAAGCAUUCACAGCUAUGGUAGCAUGAUUCUCUAUUCUUGGGGACACGACGGUAGUCUUUCGAACUACUCGCUACCACUUCAAACAAUUGGAGUGUUUAUGGCAGAAAAGAUUUCAGAGCGAUCUUUACCGGAUUUCCCAUCAUACGUAGUUGGUAAUGCGAAACUCGUAGUUGGCUAUGAAAUGUCUGGGUCUUCUCAUGACUAUGCGCAUUCUAUUGGAGUACCUUUGGCGUAUACGUGGGAACUGCCUGGUCUGAGCAGGGGACUGAUGGGUUUCCACCUGGAUCCGAGGUAUAUAAAACAUGUUGUCCAGGAAACGUGGGACGGUAUUGUUGUAGGUGCUAAAACAGCUAGAAUUGUAUUUGGCAAAUAA